AUGGUGCUGUCUGCUAUAUUUGUGUGUCAUGCGGAACUAAAUGCAAUAUUGAAUAAGAACUCUGCAGAUGUGAAGAAUUGUACGAUCUAUGUCGCAUUGUUCCCUUGCAAUGAAUGUGCCAAGCUCAUCAUCCAAUCAGGGAUCAGGGAAGUGAUCUUUGUGUCUGACAAGUAUCACGACAUUCCGGAAAUGGUGGCCUCUAGGAAACUUCUGGAUAUGGCAGGUGUCAAAUAUAGGCAGUUUCAGCCCAAAUCCAAGCAGAUUGUGAUAGAUUUUGCAGCAAUAGACGGGAAACCGCCCAAUCCUUUGAAGUCCAUUGCUUCACCAUAA